UUGGCGACAAUGAUCUCGACAAUGCGACCUGAUAUUGAUAACGUUGAUGAGUACGUACGGAACACAACAGCCCGUGCAUUUGCUGUGGUUGCUUCUGCACUGGGCAUCCCAGCUCUUCUGCCAUUCCUGAAAGCUGUUUGUAAAAGUAAAAAAAGUUGGCAGGCACGACAUACCGGAAUCAAAAUAGUGCAACAGAUGGCGAUUCUGAUGGGUUGCGCGGUGUUGCCGCAUUUGCGGUCGCUGGUUGAAAUUGUUGAGACUGGACUCGUCGACGACCAACAAAAAGUACGGACAAUCACAGCUUUGUGUUUGGCAGCACUUGCUGAAGCAGCUACACCGUAUGGUAUCGAGGCAUUUGACUCAGUGCUGAAGCCGCUCUGGAAAGGUAUACGCUCGCAUCGUGGAAAAGGUCUUGCUGCAUUCCUGAAAGCGAUUGGUUUUCUCAUUCCGCUUAUGGACGCCGAAUAUGCCUCAUAUUAUACACGUGAAGUGAUGCUGAUACUGAUCCGAGAGUUUGCUUCGCCUGAUGAAGAAAUGAAGAAAAUCGUUUUGAAGAAAAACAGCUAA